GUAUUAUGGAUAUUGAUCUCAUUCUGAAAAUUGUUGUAUGUUGUUUUUAUUAUUUGGUGCUCAUUAACAAAUGGGAAAUUUACUUUGGUUAUUUAAUGUAACAGGUUUGAUACAUAUGAAGCGGAAUUUUCUUCAUUAAACGUCCAAGCUGUGGCUGUUGCACCAUUGAAUAGGUAUGUGAGUUUUAACUUCUGCUAGAGGAUUUAUAUGUAAGGAACAUUAUGUAGACAGCUUAAUCUUUUGUUUUCUCUUUUUCUGAUACUACUAUCUACUUCCUGGUUCUAACAGUCCAGAGAAAGUUAAGGCGAAGCCAUUGGGCAAGAGGAGAAGUGGCAGGAGAGGGGUGAGCAGAGAGCAGGAUCUUUACAAGAGGAACUACUUCCAUGCAUGCGAGAGCCUUCUAUCCUUGAUGAUGAACAAGAAACACGACGGGAAAGCAGCAAUCUUGUGGCUCAAGAAAUCUGGCCCUGAGCUUCCCGAGCUGCUGACCCAGUUCUCUGCUAGCAUUGCUGGCACUGGCCUUGCUGUUCUUUUCUCCGUGGCGUGCAAGGUAGCUUGUGGAAGGGUACCCUUAACCUCAUCAAAGCUGCUCAGCACAGGGUUGGCUUUCGGACUGGUUUGGCUCUCUUGGGCGGUGAAUAAGCUGCGGGACACAAUAAUCCAUGUCAGCAGGAAUGCUGGCAAGGGCCUCAAGGAUGAAGAAGUGAUGAGGAGUGUGGACAGGAGCUUGAAGGAUGUUUACUUCCGAGCUGCGACGUUGCUUGCUGUUGCUGUUCUGAGGGUCGCAUGAAUGGAUUUACCGUAGUACUCAUGGUUUGUGUGCAAAACGUAGUGUCGGGGGCCGUCUGCGGUUAGCAGUUUUGGUAUAGUUGCUUUCUGUUGAUGCUAGGUUUUCUUUUCUAUGUUUUGAACUGUGAUGAUUCUAGCUUAUGCCUCGUAGGUUUUGUGUUUAAUGAAUUAUCCCGUGACAGACAAUUUGUACACAUGCAAAUAAAAUACCGUAGUUUUGUGGUCUCUGCAUCUAGCUAAUGUUCUCGUCUUUACUAAGAAACUACAUAUGCGGUU